AUCAAACCAGCCCUGACAGGAUUCUUGGCGUGACACGAUUGGAUAGCUGGGGAGCUUGAGUUGUUUACUUUUUUUGCUAGUCAUUUUCUAACUGUAUACCGUUACAGUAGGCUUUCGUUAUUUGUGAAACGGACACACUUUAAAACGGAAUGAGUACUACCAUUAGCACCCAACGAGGACAGGUAAAUAUAACGACUAACGUUAGCUAACAAGCUAUAGUAGCUAGCUAACGAACACGGAUCAACACCAUUUUAGCUAACAUUAGCUUCAAUUAUCACUCGUUUUCAAAUUAACCAAAAUUGGCCAGAUUAGCUGUAGCUAGCUAGCUGCAACGUUUUAAUGAAACAGCACCGUAAUGUUUGUUGAUUUAACAAAUGUUAGCUAGCUACAGUAGCUAACAAACUUCCAGCUAGCUACAUUAGCUUCAACAAGCUAGCUUGCUGGGUGGGUAGUUUUUACGUUAGCCAGCUAAUUUAGAAGCCUAAAGUUUGACAAGUCUCUCUGGAUAUAGCCAUCUAGCAAACGGUAGCUAGUUUGCGCUCCUUAGAUAGAGCUUGCCAGGAACAAUAACCAAUGGCAGAGUUAACAUUAGGCUAACUAGCUAUGUAAAUUAGCUCGCUACUGGUUAAAUCUAAAGUCAACUAGCUAGUUAUCUAGCUAACUACUGUAUUCACAGGAGCCUUAGGCAAAUGGCUGUAGCUAGCGUCUGUAUGGCCGGAUUAGCUAACGUUACUCGCCCAGAUUUAAACUUGCUUGAGUUUAUCAGGACACAGCUAAACCAGUGUCGUCUGUUAGCCAUUUGAGCUGAAGCCUAGGCAUGAGGUAUUAAGCAACAUUUUACUGAACCACCUCUAUAGGGAAGCGAUGGAGAGGCAGGGCCAAACUAGAUCUGAUGAUGUUGGACCGGUUUCCCAGACUGAUUUAACCCUGGACUGAAAAGCAUUCUCAAUAGUAGGGUUUUGGGGACUAAAUGAAACUAGUUCUGGCAUAAUACUUUGCAUUCCAUGUUAUAGAGAAACUUCUCAUGAACACAGAACACUUUAUUUCAUGAGGAUAGGACUUAUUUUCAAGUGAUCGAAAAAUGUCGCUGACGGAUCUGAAUCCCUAGUCAAUAUAAGGGACCAAAUCACCUGACACGUUUUGUCCAAUAACUAAAGAUAGGGUGGUCAUAUUGUUAUGACAUUUUCAGGGUUGAUGUAGAACACAGAGAUGAUUCAAAUAAAAUUAUUAACUGGGUAGUUCGAGCCCUGGAUGCUGAUUGGUUGACAGCCUGCUCUAAUUAUGUUGGUAACCAGUUUAUAAUAGCAAUAAGGCACCUCUGAGGUUUGUGGUAUAUGGCCAAUAUACCACGGCUAAGGGCUGUAUCCAGUCACUCCGUGUUGUCGUGGCUAAGAACAGCCCUUAGCUGUGGAAUAUUGGCCAUAUACCACACCUCCUCGGGCCUUAUUGCUUGAUUAAAUGUAUUAAAUUAAAAUGCUGUAUUAUGUAAAUUAGGCACUUAAUAUGCAAAUUAGGCAGUAUGGAACACACAAUUACAGUAAUGAAAGCCCAAUAAUUUAAAGUAGGGAUGGUCAUAUUAUUAACAAAUCUUAAUGUUUUAUGCAAAACAGAGUUUGUAACAAUUUUAAACAAUUUAUGAAAUUAGAAUAACUUUUUGUACGAUUUAUAAAAAUGUGAUACUUAAUAUGCUAAUUGGUCUGUACGGAAUAAACACAAAAUACAGCAUGUUAAACCUAUACAUUUAAACUAAGGUGGACAUUGUUAACAUAUAUAUUGAUGUUUUAUGCAGAACUGGGAGUUUACACUGAGGAGUAAGGUGCAGCCCAUGUGCGUGUACACACACACACACACCAGGGGUGUUAAGAGUACAUAUAAUUGGGAUUAAUUACAUAAUAACAAAAAGCAGGCUUACUAUUUAGUAUUUACCAAUUAGCAACUGUUAGGCGGGAUAUAUCACAGUUAUGUUGUAUUGAGUAGCCCAACUGAUUAGGCCUGGAGUGCCAAAUAAUAGGCCCAACCCUGUGCCUGUGCCACCUGCAUACACACUCCACACAUCCCACACACACUCAAACAGCACCCCCACCAGCACCACACACACACAGUGCCUAACACAGACACACAUUUCUCAGAAUCCUUACACAGCACCCACCAACACACACACACUACAUCACACAUAGCCUAACACAGACACACACUUCUCACUAUGUCUGAACUGUCACACAGUAGGCUACUAAUGUAAUAACAUAGCUUACUUCUAAGGUAGGCCUACGUCUGAGUUGGGUUUCAUUGUAAUGUUAUUUUUGGUGUUGAUGAGUUUCUCUGGUGAAGGGAGGAUAAACUGCACUAUUUCCAGCAAAUAAUUAGCCUAGGCUCAGAAGAGACAGAGUGCACUGCCUGCUAGCCAGCUGCAGAAAGAUAGAUGGGACACAUUUUCAAUUCACUGGUAUUUAGCUAUGUUUUUAUCGAUUGUAGGCCUGUCGCCACUGAAUUCUUGUAGUUUUUACUUGAAAGAAAAAACCAUGAAUCACAGAAAUCACUGGUGGCAUAAUACUGUCAAUGCUGCACAGCGCUGCCUCUCACCCCAGUUGCCUCAGCGAAUGGCCGUCAAGCACUCCCACAAAGCUAGCAACCUAGCACUCAUCAUGUAAAUGGGGGUGGCGGAACAAGAAUUUGGAGCAAUCCCUGACAACCCAUACAUCAAAUCGUAGCUACAAUACAAUGUUGCCAACUUAGUGACUUUGUCGCUAUAUUUAGCAAGUUUUCAGACCCCACCAGUGAGUUUUAUUGGUAAAAUAUUGUAGCGACAAAUUCAGCUACUUUUCAGGCUGCCUUUUGGGGAGUCACGGUGGGUUUCUAUGGUUUUGAUAGCAUUUAGCGACUUUUCCCAAUACAUUCUGCCGCAAACAAGAGUGGGAGAAGCUGUCUGUGCAACAGAAGUCACAGCAACAGUGCACACAGAGGCACAAGGGGAGGGGGUGUGUGCCGGGAGACGGGGGUGCAAAUGCUACGUUGGGGACCGCAGCUGUGCCGCAAGGCAAAACGUCAUCUGCCGACAAAUCAAGGAGCCAAUAGUUGGUCUCGCUGAAAAAAUAGUUGGAAACACUGGCUACGAAGCUCUACUUUGUAACCUGCUAUGUUUUUUUUGUAUCUUUGAAGAAAUGGUUCAAUGAUAGAGCUGAAAGAAAAUCGUUUUACCUUAUAUUUCAGUCCAAGGAUGUCCGAUGCCCAUGAAACACCCUCAGGACUUUCCCAACAUUUCUUAGCAAUACAACGUCACAUCGAUCUUACUCUGGUAGGUUGAGGAAUACCUUUCCGCCAAGAGCAAAUAUGAACACUGAUUUCGCGGGUUUCACAAAAAGGUCUGUCCCACAGAAUUUAACGUUCUUAGCACGGCACUUGCUUUAGAUUUGGGCUCAUAUCACGUAAAUAUCAUAACAUACAGUAUUGGGAUUUUUAGACAUGGGUAACAACUGCCACAUUAAUGUUUUCAAAUGAUUAAUGUAUUUUGACGACCACAUUAUUGACAUUUAGUGAAAAUAGAUUUGUUUACUCCUGUUCUUUGUAGAAUUCUAGCAUAGCGUCCAUUGUUUGUCGCAUCACCUAACACCCUAUCAAUGGUGUGUCCGGGAAAUCGCUGCAUAGUGUGACCCUUUUCUUCCUCUAGUGUAGUUUGCCUGUCCUCACUCUCACAAUUCCUCCGCUCCUUUCGUCUUUUUAGGUUUACAUUGGGGAGUUGCCCCAAGACUUCCUGCGUAUUACUCCCACUCAGCAGCAGCAACAAGUUCAGUUGGAUGCCCAAGCAGCGCAGCAGUUGCAGUAUGGGGGAUCCCUGGGCACUGUAGGACGGCUUAGCAUCACUGUAGUGCAGGUAGGGUGUUUUUAACUGUGAAUCUGCUUGGUCUUUCCCUAGUAUCAAGACUUAUUGUGUAACACAAGGUCAUUAAUGCAGUGGGAAUGUUUUCCUGUGAAUCACUGUUAUGUCCCUCUUCUCUCCAGGCCAAGCUUGCUAAAAACUAUGGUAUGACACGCAUGGACCCUUACUGCAGGGUCCGACUAGGGUAUGCUGUUUAUGAAACACCCACAGCCCAUAAUGGUGCCAAGAAUCCACGAUGGAACAAAGUUAUCCAGUGCACUGUCCCACCUGGAGUAGACUCCUUCUACCUGGAGAUCUUUGAUGAGGUGAGGAAGAAGGAAUUAGAGGGUGGUGGGUGAGGAGAAGAUCCUAACGUGUUAUUGGCUCGACAACUAGGCCUGUCUAGAGUUAUUGAUAGCAAUCUACUUUGAGUGUUUCUUCUUGAUGAUCAUCCAUGAUUUUAGAGACAAGUUACUGAUUUGAGGUGUUUGUGCUGGUCACUUUUCCAGAGGGCAUUCUCGAUGGAUGACAGAAUUGCAUGGACACACGUCACCAUCCCGGAAGGCCUGAGAGAGGGCAGUGUGGUUGAUGAGUGGUACAGCCUCAGUGGCAGACAAGGCGACGACAAAGAGGGCAUGAUCAACCUGGUCAUGUCUUACGCUGUGAGUUCAUAAAACACACAUGCUCACAUUGUACAUUGUCAUUGUAGUACAGUUUGAAAGUGAUUGAUUGAUGUCAUCUUACAACUUGCCCCUUAUCUCUUCCUAAUGGCUCUCAUGCUUUCAGAACAUGCCAGCAGGUAUGCACAUGUCUCCACCUGUUGUCCUCAUGCCCACAGUCUAUCAGCAGGGGGUAGGAUACGUACCCAUUGCAGGUGAGUAGAACCAUACUCUCCACUGAGACAUAGUGUUAGGUUUAAUUUCUGGUACAAUAAUCCAGACGGUCUCCAAGAAAACUUGUGCUAGAUCAAUUCAUCACACUGGGUGUUGCAGCUGCAAAAGCACACAUACAGGUCAUAACAUGACUAGCCCCCCCCUUCUAAGUCUAGGAUGAACAAUCAGUCUCUGUUGCUGGGCAGGAACUGAGUCUGUUCCUCAUGUUGGUGUUAUCAUGUCCCAGCUUGAGUCCGGAACCUUCGCACUCCUCUGUGCCUUUCACAGGUCUUCUUAUCAGUCAGCCCUUGAGUUAUGGAGGGUACACAUUUCUACAGGCUACUGCAAUCCACUAGAUAAUUACACUUCUCAUACACAAAGAGCCUAAAUUUAACACUAAUUUCAAUCUCUAAGGAUAUAUAAAAACGGUAUAUUCAUAUUCAGAGUAUAUAAGUAUAGAUCUAAAACAGUAAAGAUAUAAGACAGUGUUAUAGAACAGUAAUUAUGAUCUAUCAGCUCUAACUCUAUCAGCCCUAUUCCACCCUUAUGGAGUCAUUUUUGCCCUCAGAGACAGGCCCCCUUUCCUUCUGCCCAAAUACAAUGCACAUAGAUCUUUCCAUCUAACCAAUAAUAUAAUAAUUACUACUGCUAGGCUAAUUAUACAAUUAUAAACAGAUUAAAACGGGCUCAAGUCAGUCUUCAACAGUUAGCAAUCUUGGACAGAGACACUGCAGCCAUCUAAGGCCCGAUUCUAUUUAGAUUGCUUGUCUACUUUCCAAGCCAAAUUGGUAGAGACAAAUGGAAGUGGGCAUAGCGUGUCUUAUGUAAAUUAAACUAAAGGACGAAACAGACCACGCCUCUGACUGACCACAGUAACAUUGUCAUUUUCUGUUCAUUUUCCCGACUAUUCUACAUGUUGAAUUGCCACUGCUCAUCAGCACCCAGCAGGUGAUCUACUUACUGCGCACGGCUGAUGUUUAUUAGUGUGUGUGUUGCCCUUAAGAACUGUUGACCUGUUUAAAUGAUACAUUUAAUAGAUUGUUGCUUACCCAUUUCUCUCUGGUUUGCUCUUCUCAGGAGUGCCCACUGUAUACAACCAGGGAAUGGUGCCCAUGGGUAUGCCUGCAGCACCCACUGUCGCCCCACAGGAGGCUCCCUGUAGCGAGGAGGAUCUUAAGGCACUGCAGGACAUGUUCCCCAAUCUGGACAGGGAAGUGAUCCGCACUGUAAUUGAGGCCCAGCAAGGUAACAAGGAUGCCGCAAUCAACUCUCUGCUGCAGAUGACAGAAGAGCUGUAACAGUGGAGCCACACAUAGAGCCACUGUGGCGGCCAGAACAUUGCCCAUUCACAUCAACAGCACCCUGCACAGUUUGUAAAUAUGCACUCAGGCCUGCGAGCUCUCAACUGUCACUCACACUAAAUAAAAUCCAGCAGUUUUUUUUCCAACCAUAAGCAGAUGUUCAAAUCUGAGGUGUCAAACAUUUAUACAUCUGUAUACAUUACCAUCUGUAUUAUGAAACAAUGUAUAGCUUUGUUCCCAGUCCACAUCUGGGAUUGGGACAAAUUGGUUUACCUACUGAUAAGUGCUGUGAUGGCUGGUUGGCUUCUCAAUUUUACAUUCCACUUUACUCAGAAUGGGUUAUGUACAAUUGAUGUUGAUGCAGUGCUAUGUGGGGGUAAUAAAAAGUGCUAUGUGGGGGUAAUGAAAGGAAUUGAUCCUGCAGAAGCUUUAGAUCUUUGUGAAAGCAGUUGUUGUGCGACAUUGUUGAG